GUCUGUCAUUUUGGUUUCCGCUGUAACACUUCGUAAAAUCUUUUUUUUUGCAAAAAUAUCAUCAUAAAUGUGGUGAAAUCCUUGGAAUGACGUUGAUUAUUACAAGACUCUUUAAAAAUCAUCUUUAGUUGUCCAAAUUCCUGCACCAGAAGCGCAAAAUGUCAUCUGAAACCAGUGAUGAAAGUAAAGUGGAGAGCGCGGAAGGGCGCCCGGGCUCGGCCCCGGAGCAGGCGCGGCGGGAGCUGGAAGAGGAGUUCAACGUGCAACGAGCGCGAAUGAAAGAGCUAUUCUUGCAGAAAGAAGAGGACAUGAGGAAGGUGCGCCAGGAGAAGGAGCAGCUGGAGUCAGAGGUUCUCGGGCUCCGGGCCGAGCUGCAGCAGCUGCAAACCCUCAGCCACAACCAGAAGUCCGAGAUACAGAGCUUGCAGCUGCUAGUCAAUGAGACAGUGGAGGCGUCGUCAUCAGGAUCGGAGGAGGUGCGGCGGCUGACGGCGCGCGCGUUGGACCUCGAGCGAGAGCUCAACCUGCUGCGACAGCAGAACCAGGAGGUGUCUCUGGCGCCGGCCACGUUCGUGCGGUCGCUGGCGAGGAAGCUCGGCGCUGAUGCGGACCUCGAGCCUGCUACCAAGGCUAAGCCCCAGAGUGCCGAGGAGGGCGAGCUGCUGCGCUCCAUCAACCAGGCGCUGCACGACGAGAUCGCCGCGCUCAAGGGCAAGCUGCGAGACACCGACACACAACUACAGGAGGCCUUGAAAUCUCAAGCGGCGAUAACGGGCAGCCCGGUGCCUACCGGCUCCAGCGGGGACAUCAAGACAGAUGCAGGCGCGGCGCGGCGCUGCGACAUGUGCGCGAACUACGAGAAGCAGCUGGUGGCCGAGCAGGCCGCCGCCGACGCCGCGCGCGACCGCGCCCACAAGCGCGACACCGCGCUCAAGCUGGCAACCGAGGAGCUAGAAGGCGUGCGCUCGCUACACGAUGAAACAGUGCGCGCGUGGCACGCCGAGCGCGCCGCGGCCGCGUCCACGCUGCAAGCGCUGCAAGCCGCUGUGGGCGAGGCGCAGGCCACGCUGCUGGAGCGCGCUGCAAGCGCUCGCGACGCCGAGAGCCGCGCGCUACACGCCGUCACCACGCUCACAGUACACCGCGAGACGCUGCAGAAGAAGCUGGACAGUUUAGAAAGGGACAACGCGUAUCUCAUCGGCCAGUACACGAAGAAAGCGGCGGAAUUACAGAACGAAUUUAUAGAUCUCCCGGAUAACGUCGAGGAAUUACAAGAGUUGGCGCUGCGCCUGCGCGAGCAGAUGAUCGUGUGCGCGGUCGGGCGCGAGGAGGCCGCGCGCGCCGAGCACGAGCUGCGCGCGCAGUUGUUAGAGCACACGCGCCUGCUGCACCAGCACGACGCCGCGCUGGCCGCCGCGCGCGCCGAGCACAGCGACGCCAGGAAAGAACUGGAGCAGCUGCAGACGGAGCGAGGCCAGCUGUCGGAGCUCGGGGACAAACUGCGGGCCGCCAACGAUCUCACGGAACAGCUGCUUGAUGACAAGCGGCGGCUGGCGGCGGAGGCGGCCGAGCUUCGCGGGCGCGUGGGCGCGCUGCAGCAAGAGCUCGACAACAGCGAGAAGGUGCAGCAGGACUUCGUGCGCCUCUCGCAGUCGCUGCAGGUGCAGCUACAGCGAAUCCGCGAGGCGGACACGGAGGUGCGCUGGCAGCACGACGACGACGUCAGCGAGUGCCCCGCCUGCCGCGCGCCGCUGCCCAACAACAAGAAGAAGGUGCACUGCCGGCACUGCGGACGCAUCUUCUGCGCGGCGUGCGCGUCCCACCAGGUGCCCGCCGGCCCGCGCCGCACGCCCGCGCGCGUCUGCAGCGUGUGCCGCACGCUGCUGCAGCCACACACCGCGCCCUACUUCAGCACUGAGCCGCCGCACUCGCCCGCCUAGUCACAGAGUGGGCGGCACACACGUGCGAGCGUGCAGGCGUCUGCCCCGCCCCAAAGACGCACACCGCGCCGUAAUACAGCACUGAGUCGCCGCAAUCGCCCGCCUAGCGCCGCCCGCCUAGCAAACUAUAGUCACAGAGUGGGCGGCACACACGUGCGAGCGUCUGCCACGCCUCGAAGACGCACACAGCGCCUUAAUGUA